GACACACGCGCACACACACACCGUCCACUGCUGCCCUUCACCCGCCGAUCAUCCCGCUCAUUUAAUAUAACCGUGACAUUUAGACGAUCAGUGAAGGAAACAUUAGAGUCCGAUGGCACAGUGGACAAUACUGUUGUUGUCUUUAUACGGAGUUCUGCAUGGACAAGAGAUUCAGCCUCCUACUGUACAAGAGUGCUGUCAGGAUGGAAGGGAUCGGGCCCUGGCAGGACAAGACUGUACAAUCCUCCCCCUCAUCACGUUCUCCCACACCUGCAGGAUCACUCAGGAGCAGUGCUGUGCAGCAGCAGUAGGAGACGGACUCUGUGACAAAGGCGUCAAGAUGGCCAAAGAGCAAGGGGCCUGUGAGCUGCCCGUCUUCAUGGGAGAACCCUGGGAAACCAAAAUCUCUAAAAUGUGUUGUGACUGCUGUGUGCUCGGCUUGAUGAUAGACAGCAAAGGUUCGAGCUGCGAGCUCCAGGGUUUGAUGCUGGAGAGACAGUGUGCGUACACGGCUAAAACCUGCUGUGGCAUAAACACAACGGAGGAAACCAACACGAAUGCUCGCGCACCAGUGACAGAGAAGCCUGUGGCCAGCGUUACCACCAAGCCUCCAGAGAGAGCGGACAGCUGUAGAGACUCCAGUUGCUCCCAGUUGUGUGUAGGUAAUGGAACAUGUGCAUGCCUGGGUGGUUAUCAAUUGCAAAGGGAUGGAGUGCAUUGUGAGGAUUCUAACGAGUGUUUGACUGGCAGUCACAACUGCGUCUCAGGCCAAGUUUGCAUUAAUACAGAGGGUUCCUUUCGCUGUCAGAGGGAAUCCAGCUGUGGCACCGGGUACGAACUCAAAGACGAUAACAAUUGCCAAGACAUAGAUGAGUGUACUUUGGGGUCCCAUAACUGUGGACCAGACUUUCUGUGCACCAACACAGCAGGCUCGUUCCGCUGCUACCCAAAGGAGAGGUGCUCAGACGGUUUCAUUCAGGACGCCAUCGGCAGCUGUAUCGAUGUGAACGAGUGUGUGCUCCAUACCAGUCCAUGCCUGCCCAGCCAGACUUGUAUCAACACAGCGGGCUCCUACUCUUGUCGCAGGAAUACAGUCAACUGUGGACGAGGCUAUCAUCUCAUUGAGGACGGCACGCGUUGUGAAGAUGUGGAUGAGUGUCGUGCAGGGAAUGUCUGUGGCGGCCAUGGUUGUAUCAACCUAGUUGGCACGUACCGCUGUGAAUGCAGAACUGGCUUCAUCUUCGACAGUAUCACCAAACUGUGUGAAGACGUCAAUGAGUGCAGGCAUUAUCCCAUGCAACUCUGCGCCCACAAGUGUGAGAACACAGAGGGGUCUUACCAGUGCAGCUGCACCACUGGCUUCAAACUGUCCCAAGGCGGCCGAAACUGUGAAGAUGUCAAUGAGUGUGAAGCCAACCCUUGCAGCCAGGAGUGUGCGAAUGUCUAUGGCUCAUACCAGUGCUACUGUCGCCGUGGUUACCAGCUGAGUGACAUCGAUGGGAUAACAUGUGAAGAUAUUGAUGAGUGUGCUCUGCCUAUUGGAGGUCAUGUGUGUUCUUUCCGCUGCUCCAACGCUCCAGGAAGUUUUUACUGUACCUGCCCACCCACAGGCUACACACUCGCAUACAAUGGACGCACGUGUCAAGACAUUGAUGAAUGUGCAGCGGGGAUCCAUACCUGUUCUGUGACUGAAAGCUGCUUCAACGUCCAGGGAGGAUUCCGCUGUCUGUCCUUCCCAUGUCCUCAAAACUUCCGGCAAGUCUCACCGGGAAGUGAAGCUUCAGUCAAUGUGCGAUGUAUUAAGGCCUGCCAACCCAACAACGUCAGCUGCAGUCUCAACCCUGUGCACCUCAUCACCCACACCUCCCUCUCUCUGCCAACCUUCAGAGACUUCAGUCAACCAGAGGAAAUAGUUUUCCUGUGGACAACUACGGCGGCUAACCCUGCUCUGCCCGGUGGUACCAAUGUUUUCUUUGACAUCCUGGCUGCAGAUGAUGAGUUCUCUUUUGACGUGGAGAAGCGCUCCCAGCAGGGCAUGAUUAUGGGUGUGGUUCGUCAGGUGAAACCCAUCAUUGGCCCCAGGGACCUUGCGUUGGAGGUGGCUAUGAACUAUGUCAAGUCAGGGGUUAUUUCCCAUCGCAAUGUUGUCAUGAUCCAUGUUUUCAUCUCUGAGUUCUGGUUCUGAGCCCAGCGAAGGAGUGAACGAUACUACAUUAGCAAUAGAACACAUAACUUAGCAAAAGUUUUGAAUGUCUGUAGGCGCCAAACCUGAUCCUGCUUAACAUUUAAAAACACUGUGUGUGGAAUUGGUUGGUUUGUUUGUUAUAGAUGUAGCCUACUGAAUACAGUUACAGAAGCAGUUUGCAACACAUCCAGGUCAUUAGUUUAAAAUGGCUCUUUGUCAUUUCAACACAAUAUAUAGCCUACUCAUAAAACAAGAACACAUUAUUAAAGGAUACUGGACUCAGAGUCUACAACAACGGUAGCAGCUCUUAAGGCUGUGUUUGGGCACAGCGGUGCUUUAAGUUUAAUGCUAAUUUCAGGAUGCUAACAUGCUUUCGGUGACAAUGCUAUGCUAACAUUCUAAUGUUUAGCAGGUAUAUUACGGUGAUAACCCCUCAGUUUAGUCUUAGCAUGCUAACAUUUGCUAUUAGUAAAAAAAAUAGUAGACAGUUUAUCUGAGGCUGAUGGGAAUGUUAUUAGUGUUUGUUUUGGUCAUGAACCAAAGUAUCGAAGGUGGCGUUAGACCUGGGAUCUCCAAAGUUCUUAGGAUACAUCACAUGUGAACCAUGAAUGUCUGUAACGCAUGUUUGGCAAUCUAUUUGAUAGUUGUUGAGAUAUUUCAACCAAAGAAACCAACCAACACGUCGGUAACGUAGCUCGUUACAUGCCUUUUACAAGAGUGGAAUAAAAUAAUGUAAAAGAUUAACCGGGUGCUCUCACAUGUUUAACUUCAAUGUGUUGUCAUGAGUGGCACAACAAAAGACUGUUGCGUGACAAUGGAACUGUUUGAUAUUUGCUACAUUUCAUCUGUUUUGACAGACCAGAUGCGAUGUGCUUCAUUUGAUAAUAAAAAGCUCUGGACUUGC